AUGCAGAACGAGGCUGGAGAGUUUGUAGACAUUUACAUACCGAGAAGGUGUGCUGUUACUAACAGGCUAAUUGGUGCAAAAGAUCAUGCUUCGAUCCAGAUCCAGUUUGUUGAUUUGGACCCAACUACAGGACGCAUGAUCGGUGGGAGUAAAAAGACAUAUGAUCUAUCUGGAUCUAUCCGGUCGAUGAGAUGGCAUGUUACCACCGUAAGCAUCUUAUUCUUAUUAUUCUUAAUUUUUCAGAAACUUUUGCGAAAGAACGUUCUCAUAA